AUGGCAAGGAAGUGGAAGAGACUAGCUGCAAUGAAUAGGAAAAGAAUUAUCUUUCCAACAGUUACUGAGGGUCAUUUUGUUGUCUACACUACCAAUCAGAGACGCUUUGUAGUUCCCUUGGCUUAUCUCAGCAAUGGAAUAUUCAGGGAGCUGUUGAGAAUGGCAGAGGAAGAGUAUGGAUUGCCGAGUUACGGGCCUAUCACGUUGCCAUGUGACUCGGUCCUUAUGGAGUAUGCAGUCUCUUUUAUAAGAAGGCAUGCAGAUUCCAAGAGGCAACUGAUGGUGGCUUUAACUUUGAACUUCCCAUAA